CUUCCGGCUGGGGCAGUCCAUUCUAAACCUUUAACAAACCCGCUUAGUUGAUUUUCGGCUAGGCCUUUCAACACCUUGGUGGCAGUGGAAGAGCUAAGGACGAUCUCCGUCAGAAUGGCCGACGAACAGCAUCCGCCCAGCAAGGGGACAGGGCAGGAUCCCGCCGAGGACAGAAACGCUGCCACGCGAUUCGGGUUGGAGGACCACGAGGCCACUCAGCAGGAUGCCAGGGUGACCACUCUGCGGCACGCCGAGGAGCGACGUGGCUCCAUGGCGCCACCCCACGAUAAGCGUUCGCUUACCGUCAAAGUAUCGCAAUCGCGAAUGGCGACCGAAAGUGAAUCUAAGCGAACUAGUGUCUCCAAGCCCGCUCCGGCACCGGCUAGGCCUUUGGAUGACAUUUCGUCCCGGAACUCCUUGGUGCCAGGAGCCGCUGUGGCUCCUGAUCUUCCACCAAAACCGCAACGCAGCUCUGCCGACGCCGAUGGCGAAUCCUCUGAAGUGGACAAAAAACCGGCAGCAAGGAAGUCGGAAAAAAGAUUAUCGGACUCAUCAUCAUCCUCAUCGGAGGAGCAGCCGAAAAAGGAGGAAGCCAAACCAGCGCCACCUGCUGAGGAACCAUCACCACCACCACCUCCACCACAACCUGAACCUCAGCCGCAGCGAAAAUCCAUCGAUUUCGCGGAGACAGAAGCUGCACCCAUUCCCCCGCCGGCGGAGAGGCAGGAGGAUGUACCAAUGCCGCCGCCGAUGAUGUCAUCCCUGCCGACGGACGAUAGCAAGGAUGAUGUGCAGAGCCUGAACAGCAAGUUGACCAACACGGACAUCACCUUCCAUCCAUCGAAGAAGUUCGCCUCCAAGGGAACCAACACCUCCGGCAUGAUAUACUCAGACGACGAGGAGGAGCAGGUGGAGGAGGAUCUUCCCAAGCUGCCUGCAGAGUUCCCCGACAGCGAUCUGGACACUCUGUUCCUGCUGGCCUGUCGCGAGGUGAAGAAGGCCGGCACCAUUGCCCUGGCGGAGAACGAAAAGCAGCAGGAGUACACCACCAAGAAGCACACCAACGACCUCGUCACUCCCACUGACAACAUAGUGGAGGAGACCUUCAUCAAGGCCAUCAGUUUGCGGUAUCCCGACCACAAUUUCAUCGCCGAGGAGCGAGUUUCAAAGUCGGAGACGGGAAUGGUGACCCUGACAGAUGACCCAACCUGGAUCAUCGACCCCAUCGAUGGCACCAUGAACUAUGUCCACCACUUUCCGUACUAUUGCAUCUCGGUGGCCUAUUUGGUUAAUCAGGAGACUCAGUUUGGCAUCAUCUACAAUCCGCCGAUGAAGAACAUGUACACGGCUCAGAAGGGAAAGGGGGCUCAGCUGAAUGGCGAGAUGAUUAGGACGACUGGCCAGAUCAACCUCUCCUCGGCCAUGGUCCUGCAGGAUUACAGCUCGGGCGCCAAUGAGACGCGCAACCAGAUUGCCCAGGAGAAUGCCCACAGGCUGUUGAAAAAGGCCCAUGCAAUGCGUUCUAUUGGAUCUUCCGCCAUGGGACUGGCCAUGGUGGCCUCCGGAGUGGCGGAUGCCUAUUACAACUUCGGGCUGCACGUUUGGGACAUGGCAGCUGGUGCCAUUAUAGUCACCGAGGCCGGCGGAGUGGUGAUGGAUCCGGCUGGAGAAGAGCUGGAUAUAAUGUCGCGACGAUGCCUGGCUGCCUCCACCGAGCACCUUGCCUUGGAGUUGGGCAGCAACCUGGAGCAGAACUAUCCCUCGCCCCGCGACGACGAACCGCGGUCCGUGAAUCCCAAUGAGUACGGACCCGCUGCUGAGACCAGGGACUUCACGGGCCAGACGGACUUCCCCGAUUCGGAUACCCCGGACACCACGGACACAGAACAGUCCAACGAGAAGCCUGCGGCGGUGGCCAACUGACCAGCAGAAAGGCCAGCUGAAAUUCAUUUUAGUUUAAUAAAAUGACCAUGCAAGGGUAUUGUAAUUUUA